AUGCCCGAUCGGUACCCCGUUCCUCAUCUUCAGGACUUUGCUGGAGCCCUUUUCGGCAAAACCAUUUUCUCGAAGAUCGAUUUGGUGCGGGCUUUUCAUCAAAUUCCGAUUGCGGCUGAGGACAUUCCCAAAACGGCAGUGACGACUCCUUUUGGCUUGUUCGAGUUCCUUCGUAUGCCAUUUGGUCUCCGAAAUGCCUCACAAACUUUCCAACGUUUCAUUGACCGUGUUUUACGCGGCCUUCCAUUUGUUUAUGCGUAUAUUGAUGAUGACCUCGUCGCCAGUCGAGAUGUGGGGGAACAUCUCCAUCACCUUACCCUGCUUUUCGACCGAUUUCAGCAGUUUGGUGUCACCCAGCAUCCUUCCAAAUGUGUCCUAGGAGCCACUUCUCUUGAGUUCUUAGGUCACCUGAUAGACUCAAACGGUAUUCGGCCUCUUCCCUCAAAAGUUGCCGCCAUUCGGGACUUUCCACCCCCUACCUCGAAGCGUCAGUUGCAACGGUUUCUUGGUAUGGUGAACUUGUAUCGCCGGUUUCUCCCUAACUGUGCCGAUACCAUCCUACCUCUGACCGAUCUCCUCUCAGGUCCCAAACGCACCUUUGAACUUACAUCAGCCGCACUCACGUCAUUUGAGCAGGUAAAAGACCUUCUGGCUGACGCCACCCUCCUGACUCACUUUCACGCUGAUGCACCCAUAUCUUUGAUGGUCGAUGCCUCCAAUGUUGCUGUUGGCGCGGUUCUUCAACAAAGUCUGCCGGAUUCUACCGUGCCUUUGGCUUUCUUCUCCAAGAAACUAUCCAAAGCCGAAACCCGCUACAGCACAUUCGGACGGGAACUUCUCGCCGCUUAUCUUGCCGUAAGGCACUUCCGGCAUUUACUUGAAGGUCGAGAGUUCACAAUUUUCACUGAUCAUAAGCCACUCACGUUUGCGAUGCAUUCCCACUCUGACAAGCUAAGCCUCCGGGAGAUCCGUCACAUGGACUACAUUUCGCAGUUCACUUCAGACAUCCGCCAUAUUGACGGGUCAAGGAAUGAGGUGGCUGACGCACUGUCCAGGCCUUCUAUUACUCAUCUUCAGCUUUCACCCGGGAUAGACCUCGCUGAGAUGGCCGCUGAACAACGCCGUGUCGGUCCACCCUGUGAUGAGGAUGUUUCCGGACUCCAACUCCAGGAACUACCACUGACGACUGGCAACGGCACCAUUUUAUGCGACGUAUCCACCCCUUCCCAUCGUCCAUUUGUGCCGCCAUCCCUCCGCCGUAAAGUUUUCUCCUCCCUGCACAAUCUCUCUCACCCUGGGAGUCGAGCAACCGACAAGCUGGUUUCCGACCGCUUCGUCUGGCCUGGUAUGCACAAGGACCUGAAGGCAUGGACACGGGCUUGCAUUGCCUGUCAACGGAGCAAGAUCCAGCGGCACAACAAGGCCCCCAUUGGUACCUUCCCCGGCCCUGGUGCAAGGUUCAGCCACGUUCACCUGGACAUUGUAGGCCCCCUGCCUCUGUCCAAUGGUUGUUCCUAUCACCUCACCUGUGUGGAUCGGUUCACUCUGUGGCCUGAAGCAAUUCCCCUGCCUGACAUUGCUGCUCCAACGGUGGUCAAGGCUUUUCUCAGUCGUUGGGUUGCUAUCUUUGGUGCACCCUCCACAAUCACGACUGACCGUGGUGCCCAAUUUGAAUCUAAUCUCUUCCAGUCUUUACUCUCCUUUUUAGGCUGUAUCCGCAUCCGGACGACAGCCUAUCACCCGGCUGCUAACGGGAUGGUCGAGCGGUUUCACCGCCAGCUGAAGGCCUCCCUACGCGCCGCGGCCGAUCCGGAGAACUGGACGGAUCACCUUCCCCUGGUCCUCUUGGGCAUCCGCUCCGCUCUCAAGCCGGACCUUGACUGUUCCGCAGCUGAACUGGUGUUCGGAUCCACCGCCCGACUCCCCGGUGAGAUGAUCUCGCCAACCCCUCAAGGUGCAGUUGAGGAUCCUACAAACCUCCUGCAUCGUCUCCGGCAGUUUAUGCGGACACUUUCUCCGGUUCCUCCCAGGUCCUCCGCCUCUCCGUCUUAUCUCGAGAAGGACUUGGCAACGUGCUCUCACGUCUAUCUCCGAUGUGAUCGAGUCCGCCGGCCUCUGGAACCGCCCUAUGACGGCCCAUUUCGGGUGCUCUCUCGCGGGCCGAAGACUGUCCGCAUUCAGCGCGACAAUCGUGAAGAGGUCGUGAGUGUGGACCGCCUCAAGGCUGCCGUCCCUGACACUCCUCCGGAUGAGCCCUGUGGUCCUCAACCUUCUGCUUCCCCCCACGGAGCCUCUAUUCCACCGUCCCGUAUUUUCCCUCUGCCCUCCUGUCCGCCAUCUCCGACUGCCACCACCAACUCCAACACAUCCGCCACCAGAUUUAUUCACUCUUCUACGGACCCUGUAUAUAUCACUCGUAGUGGUCGUCAUGUACACUUUCCUGAUCGGUUGGUCACGCAUUUCUUUUAG